CUUCUUCUUCUCGAAAGCCCCUCCAAGCCACCGGCACCAGCCUUGAGAAACCGGUAGGAAAAGCUUGGUUUUGCCUUCCUUUUCUUGUUCAAAAACCAGAUUUGGAGCCUUGAAACCUUCCCCCCACUCUGCAGAAAUUCGGAUCUGCCUUGCUCUGCUCCUCACCGCCUGCUGCUCCUGCUUUGUGGGGGCGAAUUGCUUUGAUUUUUUGCCCCGUGAGCUUCCCCUGCACUGCCGCCGGCUUCCCCCAAUCUGCACUUCAGUUGGCUUGCUGGAUUUUCUGGUUUCUGGUCGUUCUGUCAGUUUAGCAUUGAGAUUGACUCUUCAGUUUAUGGAGUGAAUUUUUUAUGUUAUGCGAUUUGAGGUAAGUAAAUUUAUUGUAAUACCCAUACAGUUUUUAAAAACAUGUUUUGAUUUGUUUUUGAAGUAGUGGCGGGACUAAACCCGUUUUAUACAAAAGUAAGUAUGACUGAUUUGAAGUGAAAUUUUUAUGUUUUUCAUUAAAUGGAGCAUGCCUACCUGAAAUUUAAUUGAUUGUCCUAAUAAUUUGAAAGUGAUUGGUAAAUUAUGAUUUUUUCUGUUAACUUCAACAUGUUUUGUCUCCGAUGUGGUUGUGUUAUUAGUGACCCUGUUAGUGGGGGUUAAACGCUAGCAUAUGUCGACAUGUUAGUGAUAGAGCUGGUUCGUUCGAGUGACCCUGCUAGUGGGGCUUAUACACCAGCAAAUAGUGUGCCUGCCAGUGAGAGGUUUAUAACACUGGCCAUGACAUAUAAAGGAGAUAUCUAUUUCAUUCCCGUACUGUAUCUGUUUUUUUUAUUAUACUUGUUGGCAUGCUAUAAGUUUAAUUAAGGGUUAUCCAUAUUUUACUUAUUAAGUUUAUCUUAUAGUUUUUCCUUGUCCACCCCUUGUACUCAGUUUCUUAUUAAAAAUAUUAUUUGGCU